CCAUUCACCUUGCAUUUGCUCGCAUCUCUUCCCCUUGCCUAGCCUCCUGCUCGCUUAUUGGCCGGUGGCCUGCUCCCUGAUUGGCUGCCUGUCCCAGUGCGGCGUGUUGUUGUUGGGGAAGCAGUGGAGGGAUUCCCGAUCCCCGGCAUGUUCCCCGGGUCUCCCUGGGCGCCUCCUUGGACUCCAAUGGGGGCGUUUAGCGGCUUGGGGCGCCGUGCACGGGGGAAGCCCUAGCGCUCUACUGGAUGCUGGAAAUAGGAGGAUGGGCUGCUCUCUUUGGGCCAAGUUUAAGAGAAUGUUAAAUAGAGAACUGACGCACUUGUCUGAAACAAGCCGGUCUGGAAAUCAGGUGUCUGAAUAUAUAUCUAGUACUUUCUUAGAUAAACAGCAUGAAGUGGAUAUGCCCUCUCCAACCACAAAGGAGAAGGAAAAGAAGAAGAUACCCAUGUCCCAAAUUACUGGUGUGAAGAAGCUGACUCAUAGCUCCAGCUUUACUAUUUGCAGUAUUCCACGGUUUGGAGUGAAGACUGAUCAAGAAGAACUCCUUGCAAAGGAAAUAGAAGAGGCCAAUAAAUGGGGUCUUGAUAUAUUUAAGAUAGCUGAAUUUUCUGGAAACAGGCCUUUAACAGUCAUUAUGUAUGCAAUUUUCCAGGAAAGAGACCUUCUGAAGACCUUCAGGAUUCCUUCAGACACUUUCAUUACAUACAUGAUGACACUGGAGGAUCAUUACCACGCAGAUGUCGCUUAUCAUAACAACAUCCAUGCAGCAGAUGUGGCCCAGUCCACCCAUGUCCUUUUGUCCACUCCUGCUCUGGAGGCUGUGUUCACAGAUCUGGAAAUUUUGGCUGCCAUCUUUGCUAGUGCUAUUCAUGACGUGGAUCACCCAGGAGUGUCAAAUCAGUUUCUUAUUAAUACCAACUCUGAGUUGGCACUGAUGUAUAAUGAUGCCUCCGUUUUAGAAAAUCACCAUUUGGCGGUAGGAUUUAAGCUCCUUCAAGACGAAAACUGUGACAUUUUUCAGAACCUGACUAAGAAGCAGCGCCAGAAUUUACGGAAAAUGGUUAUUGACAUGGUGCUGGCUACAGAUAUGUCUAAACACAUGAAUUUACUGGCUGACUUGAAGACUAUGGUGGAAACAAAGAAAGUGACUAGUUUGGGUGUCCUGUUACUGGAUAAUUACUCUGAUCGCAUCCAGGUUCUUCAGAACAUGGUCCACUGUGCAGACCUCAGCAAUCCCACCAAACCUUUAGAGCUGUAUCGUCAGUGGACAGAUCGGAUCAUCGUUGAAUUCUUCCAUCAAGGUGACAGAGAGCGGGAAAAGGGAAUGGAAAUUAGUCCCAUGUGUGACAAGCACAAUGCUUCUGUUGAGAAAUCACAGGUGGGUUUUAUUGAUUACAUUGUGCAUCCUCUGUGGGAGACAUGGGCUGACUUGGUGCAUCCUGAUGCUCAGGAAAUUCUGGAUACAUUAGAAGAUAACAGAGAGUGGUAUCAUAGCAUGAUCCCUCAGAGUCCAUCCCCUCCACCAGACGAUCAAGACCCAGACAGGGGGAGCACAGCUGGAGACAAGUUCCAAUUUGAGUUGACACUGGAGGAGGAAGGGGAAUCUGACACUGAGCUGGAUGACACAGAAAGUCCUGUUGAUGAGGAGAACAGUGAAUCAAAGACCCAAGUUACUGAUGAAUCAGCCCAGGGCAGUGAUGAUGCUGACCAACCCUCUCCUGGAGAUACAUGCAGGAUUGUUUCUAGCAAACUAGACCGCUUGGAACUCCCAUCCAAGAACACACUGACCAAGCAGAAAAAAGUCUUGAACUUUGAUAACCUAAAAUUAGCCGCGGAUAGGACGCUACCACUAAAGGACAUUAGCACCAGGAGGGAUCCACCUUCUAAUACAGUCAAGCAGGAGACCACUGGGCAAGCAGAGGUCUGUUUGGACAAAGAAGGAAACAUCACAUAUCUUCCACUAGGAACGUAAUGCCAAAUUGUCACACCACUUUUAUUUUUAUCCACGCACACUUUGCAUUUUACUUUUGUGGAGGAGAAGUAGAUUUUUUUUAAAAGAAAACAAGAAGCGGAACUGAUACUCUAAUCAGAAGAAACAAAAUGUCACCAAAAUCAGUUAUUGCAUGGGAAAGCAUCGCAAAAUGUCUUUUUUUUUUCCAUUUGUUUCUCUUUGGCAGGGAGGCAGUGACUUGCAAAGCCUUUUAUGAUAGAAUGCUAGUUAAA